GCGCAAUGCAAGCACGUCUUGAAGCGCUAACACACCGACUACACCGCAACGAGGAGGUUACAGUUACACAUACAUCAUGGGGAAGAAACAGAAAAAUAAGGGAGAUGACGGUGCUAAAGACGAGAUUGACGCACUUGCUGCAGAGAUUGAAGGAGCCGGAGCGGCCAAGGAGCAGAGCAAAGCCAAGAGCAAAAAGAAGAAAGGAAAAAGAGACGACUUUGAUGAGGACGACAUCCUGAAAGAACUGGAGGAGCUGUCGUUACAAAAUCCGGGAGGAAAGUCCAAAGAAGCUCCAAAAGAACCUGUAAAGAAAUCCGAUUCAGUUGAGAAUCCUGAGCCUGAGCCUACUCUGACCAAAGCAGACAAGAAAAAGGCCAAGAAGGGGAAGAAGGCUAGCCCGGAGGAUGAGGAAGGUGAUGAAGAUCAGGGUCAGAACAACAUGGAGAACGACCACAGGACGAAAGACGAAAAGACGAUGGAGACUCCCGAUCCUCCUGUUGCUGCUUCGGACUCUGAAGACGAGGCCUCGCGCUCACGGCAAAAGCCCAAAGCCAAGAAGAAAGGUGGUCGAAAAGGUACUUCCGACUCAGAAGACAACGACGAAGAUGGUGGUUCAAAAACGGCCGGGCAAGGAGUGGGCGAUAAUGACGAAUCGGAUGACAACUCUCAAGCCACCCGCAAAAAGAAGAAAGGAAAAGCCAGAGUAAAACCAGAAAGCGAGGAUGAGGAGGAGGAGGAGGAGGCCCACAAGAUGAAGACGGCGGCGCAGAAGAAGGCAGAGAAAAAAGAGAGGGAUAAAAAGAAGAAAGAGGAGGAGAGGGCCAAGCUGAAGGCUAAGAAAGAGAAAGAGGAAGAAGCUUUAAAAAAGGAGGCAGAGAAACAAGCCCCAAUAGAGAAAGAAGAGGCUGAUGCGUCUGUGGAACAGGAUGCAGCUGAUGUUCAGGGAGAAGAGGAAGCCGAUGGUGACAAAAAGAAAAAGAAGAAGAAGAAGGGUGAGAAAGAGGAGAAAGAAAAAGAGAAGAAAAAGGGGCCGAGCAAAGCGGCUGUGAAAGCCAUGCAGGAGGCUCUCGCCAAAAUGAAGGAGGAGGAAGAGCGAGCCAAACAGGAAGAAGAUGAGAGACUGAGACGAGAGGAGGAGCUGGAGGUUCAGAGGCAGGAGCAGGAACGCCUGGAGGCCGAGAGGAAGGAGAAGAAGAAACAGAAGGAUAAGGAACGAAAAGAGAGGCUGAAGAAAGAGGGAAAACUCUUAACCAAGGCUCAGAAAGAAGCUCGAGCCAGAGCAGAGGCCACGCUCCGAGCGCUACAGGCUCAGGGUGUUGAAGUGCCGUCCAAAGAUUCAAUGCCAAGGAAGAAGCCUGUUUACUCUGAUAAGAGAAAAAAGAAGCCAACAGUGCAAACUCCUGAAGACAUCCCAACAGAAGCUUCAGAAGUGACAUCAGCCACAUCGGAGACACCUAAACCAAUCACAGCAGAGAUGGAAGUGGACCAGCCUAAAGUGGAGCCAGUGAAGGAACCAAAAGCGGAGGCAGCCGAUCUGGACGACUGGGAGGCGAUGGUCAGCGAUGAGGAUAAAGAGAUGAAAAAGGUUCACAUCGAGGUUAAAGGAACCGCAACCGCUGCUCAGAAACCUGCCGAAGAUCAAGAGAACGGCAGUGAGGGGGACGACGAGGAUGAGGAUGAAGAUGAGGAGGACGAAGAUGAUGAUGAGGAGGAGAGCGAGGAAGAGAAAGAGAAAGAGAGCAGCAAUAAGACUGCAGUGAACAAAGCGAGAAAAGAGCCGAGCUCGGAGUCGAGCAGCGAAAGCGAUUCGGAUGACGAUCGGAGUAAAGAAGAGAGAUUGUAUGACAAGGCCAAACAACGCAUAGAGAAACGAAGGCAGGAGAACCUGAAGAACAUUAACCUGGACAAGCUCAGAGCUCCUGUAGUUUGUGUACUGGGCCAUGUGGACACAGGGAAAACUAAGAUCUUGGAUAAGCUGAGACACACACAUGUCCAAGAUGGUGAGGCCGGUGGUAUUACACAGCAGAUCGGAGCCACGAAUGUUCCUCUGGAAACCAUAUUAGAACAAGCCAAGAUGGUUAAAAAUUUUGACAUCGAGAGCGUCAAGGUUCCUGGAAUGCUCAUUAUCGACACGCCUGGACACGAGUCCUUCAGCAACCUGAGGAACAGAGGAAGUUCUCUGUGUGACAUCGCCAUCCUGGUGGUGGACAUCAUGCAUGGUCUAGAACCACAGACGCUGGAGUCCAUCAACCUCCUGAAGGAGAAGAAAUGCCCUUUUAUUGUAGCGCUUAACAAGAUAGAUCGUCUGUAUGACUGGAAGAGGAGUCCGGAAACGGACGUAGUGGUCACGCUGAAGAAACAGAAAAAGAACACCAAGGAUGAGUUUGAUGAGAGAACCAAAGCCAUCAUCGUCGAGUUCGCUCAGCAGGGACUAAACGCCGCUCUGUUUUAUGAGAAUAAAGACCCACGUACGUUUGUCUCUCUGGUUCCCACUUCGGCCCACUCGGGCGAUGGGAUGGGCAACCUCAUUGGCCUCCUGGUUGAGCUCACUCAGACCAUGCUGGUCCGCAGACUGGCCCACUGUGAUGAACUCCGGGCCCAGGUCAUGGAGGUAAAAGCUCUGCCCGGCAUGGGCACGACGAUAGACGUCAUCCUGAUCAACGGGUGUCUGCGGGAGGGCGAUACUAUAAUCGUCCCUGGUGUGGAUGGACCAAUCGUCACGCAGAUCAGAGGCUUGCUCCUCCCACCACCUCUCAAAGAGCUCCGAGUGAAGAGUCAGUAUGAGAAGCAUAAGGAGGUGUCUACGGCUCAGGGAGUGAAGAUUCUAGGCAAAGAUCUUGAGAAGACGCUGGCAGGUCUGCCACUCCUCGUGGCCCAUAAAGAAGAUGAAAUACCAGUGCUGAGGGACGAGUUGAUCCGCGAGUUGAAACAGACUUUGAAUUCCAUAAAGCUGGAGGACAAGGGUGUGUAUGUCCAGGCUUCCACCCUCGGUUCAUUGGAGGCUCUGUUGGAGUUCUUGCGUACAUCUAAAGUGCCUUACGCUGGCAUCAACAUCGGUCCCGUCCACAAGAAAGACGUCAUGAAAGCGUCCGCUAUGUUGGAACACGAUCAACAGUACGCUGUGAUCCUGGCGUUCGAUGUGAAAAUAGAGAGAGACUCUCAGGACUUGGCCGACAGUCUUGGCGUGCGCAUUUUCAGCGCCGAGAUCAUCUAUCAUCUGUUCGACGCCUUCACCAAGUACAGAGACGACUACAAGAAACAGAAGCAAGAUGAAUUCAAGCACAUAGCCGUGUUCCCCUGUAAGCUGCGUAUAUUGCCGCAGUUCAUCUUUAACUCCAGAGACCCCAUCGUCAUGGGGGUCAUUGUGGAGGCUGGAGUCAUAAGAACAGGCACUCCUGUGUGUGUGCCCACCAAAGGGUUUGUAGAUAUUGGAAUUGUGACCGGUAUUGAAAUAAAUCACAAGUCUGUGGACACGGCUAAGAAAGGACAGGAGAUCUGCGUAAAAAUCGAGCCAAUACCUGGAGAAACGCCCAAGAUGUACGGCCGGCACUUUGAAGCUGUAGAUUUCAUCGUGAGCAAGAUCACCCGUCAGUCGAUCGACGCUCUGAAGAACUGGUUCAGAGAUGAGAUGCAGAAAUCUGACUGGCAGUUAAUCAUGGAGCUGAAGAAAACCUUUGAGAUCAUCUGAUCGCGGCGGCGACAGCUAAUGACAUCAGAUCUCCAGUGACCCCCCCCCCCCACGCACACUUACAAACGCUAUACGUCGCACUGUCCUAUAGAUCACUUGCGAUCGCCGAGUCAUCAGUGUUGCUCAUACAUCAAGACAUUUUUACAGACAUAACCUCGUGCAGUCCGAGGACUGGGUUCCAUGUGUGUUCAGGGGUGAAAACUUAACUCCGCCCCCUUUUCCUCCUCCAGCUCGUAGUGAGUGAUGGGGAGUGUUGGGGAAGAUAAAAAGAGAAAAAGUGGGGGGAAAAAAGAAGAAAACAUUGUGUUUUUCUGUGAGAAACUGAUACUAUUACCACUGUUUUAAACAGUGACAAAUGUUAGAAAAUCCUAGAUGACCUUUACAACUAUUCCGAACGUGCCUGUUCUCUCUGAUCAAUCCAGUUCAUUUCUCAUUCAUUUCAUGGAUUCAUAGCCCCCCCCACAGUUAAGUCUGGAUAAACUCAAGCUGCUGCCUGAAGUCUGGUCUUUGAUUUAGGUUGCGGUUUAAAUCUAUGGGUAGGAAGUAAGUGCUCGGAGGCUGAGAUUGCAGAUUUUAGAUAUAAACAACAUAUGACCUUGUCAGUAUUUUCAUAUGCCCUUUCUAUUUUUUUUUUGAGUGCAGUUCUUAAAUGGUCUUUUUUAAGUAGACCCUACUUUAUCUUCUCAGCCAGAUUAUUUUUUGUUUUCAGGAGGUUUCUUUGUGCUCUCCUCACCCCUCUACCCAUAGUGUGUGAAAUUUGGAUGAAAGGCAUUCCUUACUCCUUUUGAAUCUGAAAUGUCAAAGAAAUGGAUAAAUGAAAAUCAUCAAAAAUAAAGAGAUGGCCUAUUUAUACAA